AUGAAGGAACCAGGGAGUUUCCAAAUCCACUACAUCAUAGCAGAUAUCACUAUUAAAAAGGCUUUAUGUGACUUAGGGGCUAGCAUCAAUCUCAUGUCCUUGAACAUGAUGAGAAGGAUGAGAAUUGAGGAAGCCAAACCAAUAAGAAUGGCACUCCAACUAGCUGACAAGACAUUCAAGUUUCCACAUGGAGUGGUGGAAGAUUUCUUGGUGAAGGUGGGAGAAUUCAUCUUUCCAGCUGACUUUGUUGUGCUGGAUAUGGAAGAAGAGGCAAACACUUCAAUUAUCCUAGGAAGGCCAUUCCUAGCUACUGCUGGAGCCAUCAUUGAUGUGCAAAAAGGAGAACUAGUCUUAAGAUUACAUGAGGAAAAUAUGAUCUUCAAUGUCUUCAAAGUAAUGAGUUAUCCCAAGGAAGCAAUAGGAGAAUGCAUGAUGGUGGACAUCAUAGAAGAAAUAGUCUAA